GCACUCACCUUGCCCACCCCGGGCGCCGCCGCCACCAGGAGCACCAGCAGGAGGGGCCGCAGCAGCGCCAGCAGCCUUGGCGCGGUCCUGGGGCGCAUGACUUUAAACCCAGGACAUAGAACCCUCACUUGUAAACAAGAGUCUUCUGGAAGAGAAGAGAAGAGUGGCAGAAUUGUUUUUAAGUACCAAGACUUAACUAUGAAGUAAUUGUGCACAUGGCCUUGGUAAGCUGCUCUUUCAGGUGGAUCAAGCCCUUGGCCGCAGAUUCCUGGUUGCUCAUACUUAUUCUUUCUUCCGUACAACAUGCAUGUGGGGGUGGAAAGAAGUUCAUUGGUCCCUGUGGGGGAAGAGAUUGCUCCCUUUGCCAGUGCUUUCCUGAGAAGGGGUCUCGGGGUCAACCAGGACCACCAGGGCCACAGGGUCCUAUUGGACCCCUGGGACUACCAGGACCCACUGGACUUCCAGGAGAGAAAGGGAUGAGAGGUGACAGUGGCCUUCCUGGAGCAGCAGGUGACAAAGGUGAUAAGGGUCCAACCGGUGUUCCUGGAUUUCCAGGCUUGGAUGGAAUACCUGGGCACCCAGGGCCUCCUGGAUCCAGAGGCAGACCUGGCAUAGAUGGCUACAAUGGCUCAAGAGGUGACCCAGGCUUUCCAGGAGAAAGAGGAGCUCCUGGCCUAGAAGGCCCCCCAGGCCUUCCUGGGGAAAAAGGAGAAAAAGGAAAUUCGGUGUUCAUUUUCGGUGCCAUUAAAGGUAUUCAGGGCGACAGAGGGGACCCUGGACCUCCCGGCUUACCAGGAACUAGGGGAACGAGAGGGCCAGCAGGCCCUGUGGGAUGUCCAGGAGAGCCGGGACUAGCAGGACCUCCGGGCCCACCUGGGAGUCCAGGCUUGAAGGGCAAUCCUGGCGUGGGAGUAAAGGGGCAAAGGGGAGACCCGGGUGAAGUUGGCCAACAAGGUUCUCCGGGACCCACCCUAUUGGUGCAGCCACCUGAUUCUUGUCUCUAUAAAGGAGAAAAGGGAUUUAAAGGCAUGCCUGGAAUGACUGGACUUCCUGGACUACCAGGACCCAAGGGAGAAUCUGGUAUUGGGACGAAAGGAGAGAAAGGUAUUCCUGGGUUUCCAGGACCUCGGGGUGACCCUGGUUCCUAUGGAUCUCCAGGUUUUCCAGGAUUAAAGGGGGAAACAGGACUGUUUGGAGAUCCUGGGCCGAUCGGAUUUCUUGGUCCAAAGGGGGAUCCUGGAGACCGCGGGCACCCUGGACCACCAGGUGUUUUGGCAACUCCACCUCUUCCAUUCAAAGGCCCUCCAGGGGAUCCAGGGCAUCCUGGCCGCUUUGGAGAAACAGGGGCUGUUGGACCACCUGCCCCUGGGCCCUCAGGUAGACCAGGAGAAGCCUGUGCAGGCAUGAUGGGAUCUCCUGGGCCACGAGGGUUUCCUGGUCAUCCAGGAUUUCCAGGGGCAGCUGGUAUUCCUGGGAGAGCUGAUUCUGCUCCAGGAAAACCGGGGGACCAGGGACCACCAGGCUUGCCUGGAGCACCAGGGCUGCCGGGACCUCCAGGAUCGGAUGCUGUGCAUUGUAGCAUUGGGCAACCUGGACCACAAGGAAUAAAAGGCAAAGCAGGUCCUCCCGGAAGAAGAGGCUCCAAAGGAGAAAAAGGAAGUUUGGGGCUCUGUGCCUGCCAGCCUGGUCCCAUGGGCCCACCAGGCCCUCCAGGACUUCCUGGAAGGCAAGGUAGUAAAGGAGACUUGGGGCUCCCUGGGUGGCCUGGAGAAAAAGGUUACCUGGGUCCUUCUGGUGCCAAAGGAUCUCCAGGGCCAACAGGAAAACCUGGUGCCUCAGGACCACCUGGCAGCAAAGGAGAAAAAGGUGACAUGGUUGUAUCAAGAGUUAAAGGGCACAAAGGAGAAAGAGGUGCUGAUGGGCCCCCAGGAUUUCCAGGGCAGCAGGGACAGCAUGGUCGAGAUGGGUAUGCUGGAGAAAAGGGGGACCCAGGACCCCCGGGGGAUCAUGAAGAUGCAGCCCCAGGUGACAAAGGGCCUCCUGGACCACCAGGCUCCCCGGGCAGAGCAGGACCUAGGGGGCCUCCAGGACUGGGAUUUCCUGGUCCACCAGGAGAGAGGGGGCCACCAGGAGCACCAGGCUGCCCGGGCCAGAGGGGACCUGAUGGCCGAAAGGGUCAGAAAGGUGAUACUAUUCCUUGUAACGUAACCUACCCUGGGAGCCCGGGACCUCCAGGUUUUGACGGACCUCCAGGUCCAAAGGGAUUUCCAGGUCGUCGAGGCACUCCUGGACCAAGGUGUUUGGAUGGGCAGAAGGGUCAGCGUGGCCAACCAGGAACCUCAGAAAUACCUGGUCCUCCUGGUUUUCGUGGUGACACGGGAGAUCCAGGUUUUGGAGGUGAAAAGGGGUCCUCGCCUAUUGGGCCCCCAGGUUCUCCGGGGUCACCUGGAAUGAAUGGUCAGAGAGGACCCCCAGGAGACCCUGCUCUUGGCUACCCAGGACCCCCAGGAAAGAGGGGUCUUUUCGGAUCCCCAGGGUCAAAAGGACUCAGAGGAGAUCCUGGACGUCCAGGGGCUACAGGGCCAGCGGGCAUGCCGGGAUUCCCAGGUCUCAAAGGUCCCAAAGGCAGAGAGGGACGGGCCGGCUUUCCAGGUGUCCCAGGUCCACCCGGCCAUUCCUGUGAAAGUGGUGCUCCAGGAAGACCAGGGCCUCCAGGGCUCCCCGGGGCUCCAGGCAGUCCAGGUGCCCCCGGUUGGAAAGGACAGAGAGGGGACAUGGGGCCUCCUGGACCUGCUGGAAUGAAGGGUGUCCCUGGAGUCCCAGGACGGCCAGGGCCAGAUGGACCCCCAGGGCCCCCAGGAGUCCCAGGUCGCUUUGGGGAUGAUGGGCUACCUGGUCUUCCAGGCCCAAAGGGACCCCAGGGGCUGCCUGGCUUCCCGGGUUUUCCGGGGGAGAGAGGAAAGCCUGGCCCGGAUGGACACCCUGGCCCAAAGGGAGAACUCGGAGAGAGGGGUUGGCCUGGCUUCCCGGGAGAGCGCGGAGUGAAAGGCAUCAAAGGAGCAAGAGGACCUCCAGGAUAUGAAGGAGAAAUGGAUAUUAUUUCGAAAAGGGGGCAACCUGGGGAAACUGGACUGCCUGGAGAUGCUGGAUUCCCAGGAGAGGGAGGUGAUAAAGGCCAUCCUGGGAUGCAGGGGAGGAGAGGAGAGCCAGGAAGCCACGGACCACCUGGAUUUCACAGAGGGGAGCCAGGGAGAAAUGGGCAGCCAGGUCCUCCUGGACCCCCAGGCCCUCCAGGCUCACCUGGGCUGAGAGGGAUCAUUGGUUUUCCAGGAUUUCCAGGUGACCAGGGUGAGCCAGGUUCUCCAGGGCCCCCUGGACUUCCAGGAAUCGAUGGCACAAGAGGACCUAAAGGAUACAAAGGUGAACCUGCAAGUGAGUUUGGCCUACCUGGUCCAAAGGGAGAGCCAGGUAGCCCUGGAUAUCCAGGACAUUUGGGAACGCCCGGAGAGCAGGGCUUGCCCGGUUUUCCAGGACCUGGAGGACCCCCAGGAAGGCCGGGACUGCCUGGCUCCUCUGGACCAGCAGGGUGUCCAGGUAAUCCAGGGGUGCCUGGGCCAAAGGGACAGCCAGGAGAAAUGGGAGACCCUGGGCCAAGGGGCCUCAUGGGUGAUGCAGGGGCACCAGGUCUUCCGGGAAUAAAAGGUCCUUCUGGGUCGCCUGGCCUGAACGGCUUGCAUGGUUUAAAGGGUCAGAAAGGAAGCAAAGGAGCUUCAGGUUUGCAUGAAAUGGGCCCGCCUGGUCCUAUGGGAAUACCUGGGCCAAAAGGGGAGAGAGGAGACCCUGGGAGCCCAGGAAUUUCUCCUCCAGGACUUUUUGGAGAAAAAGGUCCCCCAGGUCCCCCAGGACCCCCAGGGAAAGCUGGACCACCUGGCCCUGCAGGUGCCCCAGGAAGAGCUCUUAAGGGUGACAUUCUGGACCCAGGUGUGCCUGGAGACCAGGGACCUCCUGGCCCUGAUGGUCCAAGAGGAACACCCGGGCCUCCGGGGCCCCCUGGGAGUGUUGACCUUCUUAAAGGGGAACCUGGUGACUGUGGUCUGCCAGGGCCUCCAGGUCCACCAGGUCCACCAGGCCCUCCAGGACGCAGAGGCUUCCCAGGAUGUGAUGGCAAAGAUGGCCAGAAAGGACCCAUGGGAUUCCCAGGACCACCGGGGCCACCUGGAACUCCUGGGUCACCUGGAGACAAGGGUUUACCUGGACCUCCAGGCAGACCAGGGCCCCUGGGUCCUCCAGGUUCCAGAGGUGAACCUGGACCACCUGCAGAUGUGGAUGCCUGCCCUCGAAUCCCGGGGCUUCCCGGGGUACCAGGCCCAAGAGGGCCAGAAGGAUCCAUGGGGCUCCCUGGACAGAGAGGUCCCCCUGGACCAGAGUGCAAAGGAGAGCCUGGGCCGGAUGGCAGGAGGGGUGAAGAUGGCCUCCCAGGGCCCCCGGGGCCUCCAGGACACAAAGGUGACAUGGGAGAAGCAGGCUGCCCAGGAGCACCAGGUCCUCCUGGGCCCAUAGGGGAUCCUGGACCCAAGGGGUUUGGCCUUGGAUACCUCAGUGGCUUCCUCCUGGUUCUCCAUAGUCAGACGGAUGGAGAACCCACCUGCCCCGAGGGCAUGCCCAGGCUCUGGACAGGGUACAGCCUAUUAUACUUGGAAGGACAGGAGAAAGCUCACAAUCAAGACCUUGGUCUGGCGGGCUCCUGCCUCCCGGUGUUUAGCACGCUGCCCUUCGCCUACUGCAACAUCCACCAAGUGUGCCACUACGCCCGGAGGAACGACAGGUCCUACUGGCUGGCCAGCACGGCGCCGCUGCCCACGAGGCCGCUCUCGGAGGAGGAGAUCCGCCCGUACAUCAGCCGCUGCGCCGUGUGCGAGGCCCCCGCACAGGCUGUGGCGGUGCACAGCCAGGACCAGUCCAUCCCCCCGUGUCCGCGGGCCUGGAGGAGCCUCUGGAUCGGCUACUCCUUCCUGAUGCACACAGGAGCUGGGGACCAAGGAGGCGGGCAGGCCCUCAUGUCACCGGGCAGCUGCCUGGAAGACUUCAGAGCUGCGCCGUUCCUUGAAUGCCAAGGCCGCCAGGGGACCUGCCACUUCUUUGCCAACGAGUACAGCUUCUGGCUGACAACAGUGAAACCCGACUUGCAGUUUUCCUCGGCACCGUCCCCGGACACCUUGAAAGAAAGCCAGGCCCAGCGCCAGAAAAUCAGCAGGUGCCAGGUCUGUGUGAAGCAUAGCUAGAGAACCCAUACCUUGCCAUUGGGUUGCCAAGAGAUGCUUCCUUGGAGGCUUAGGCAUCCCGGGCUGUGCUAAGAGAUUCAAUGGUGCUCAUCUUAGACUCCCGUGUUAGCUGUUCCUUCUGUUUCUAUGUACUUAUUCCCCCUGUACUGUAACUCCUUCCUCUGGUCAGGACAGAUUAAGCAAAUGCUACACAUAUGGAUUUGUUGGGACCUACCAAUCUAGACGAAACCCAGAUAGCCUUAUUGUGCUGAGGAGGGUGGAAACGCUGGCUUUCUUUACAAAUAUGCUAAUUCAGGGGAAGGCAAAGAGAUGAUAAAGGCCAGAUUACAAAUUACAUUACUGAAAACUUCAUUCACUGGUUAAUAGCGACUCAAACAAUUGAAGUCAAUUACUCUAUAAUACAGCGGGCUCUUGGAUGGAUGUUAUAGGAAGAAAAAAAUAAAUAGGCCAACAAAUGAAAGUAGAAAGUAGCGAUUUCGUACCUUUCAAAAUGAUUUCCUCUGUCAUCUAUUUUUCCAUGCACUUUAAAUAAUUGUAAAACCAUGACCCAAGGAGAUUAAAAAAAAAAAAAAAAAAUCCGCACAGCCAGAUUUAACAGUUCAUUUCAAAGCAGAAUGAAUCAUUGCGUCAGGAAGGACCAUGGUCGCUGUAUUCCAGAGAUGGGACAUUAGCAUAAAACACAUGCCAGACGAACAUAAAACAUUAUGUUCUUUUCUGCGUUUUUCAGAGAAUAGCAAUGCCUACUUUGGCAACCCUUUGGAAAAGUAGCAAUUAUGGGGAAAAAUUAUGUUCAAUAAGGGAUUAAGAGCCUAACAGCUAUUAAUGAAUAUUAAGGCAGUGAUUCACCAAAAUUGACUCCCCACUGCAGUGAACUUCCAAACAGAAGGCUUUUCCCCAGUCGGGGUCCAGCAUGCCUUCCCCGAGUGCCUGCUAAUGGGACUGAAGCCACAUGGGGCUCACUCGGGCGGGGUGUCCACACAAAGCAGCCCGCUUCCCUCCCCGGAGCGCCUGCAGAUCUGCCUCCCAGCCCGGGAUGGACACUUUGCCUCCAUCCACACAAUGAUCUCUCCCACGGGGAAGUGACAGAGCUGUUAUUAUGCACUUGGGAGGAAAUUAAGGGCCGACUUAAUUAAACUUAGGUAAGAAGAUUCAUUUAAGUCAUCAUCACCCCACCAGAAAGACCUGGCGCUAUUUUAAAUGAGACAAAGACAAGCUACAAUUUGAAUCUUAUGUUCCUGUUAUUGGUUUUUACGAGAGCAUCCUGUUUUUCCAGUCUUAAAAAAAAUUCUUAUAUUUUAUAUCCGUAUUAGACCAAAGCAGCAGUUUUACUUCUGGCAUUAAUAUUUUCUAUAAAAGCUUAGAAGAUACGUCCAUUUAUAGUGAGUAGUUUUCUGUAGAGCAAAGGAUAUGUUUUGUUUUGCUAGGAAUUCAGUGGGCUAAUCCUAAAAAUCAAAAGGCUUGUUAGAGACAUUUUUAGGAAACUUGCCUUCCUCACUUUAACAAAUGUUAUUUUAGAAAAAGCUAUAGAAAUUUCUCAUGAGAAAGUGACAUUCAUUUCAGUGGUUAGUUUCAACGCAGUUAAAAAUAAUUAAGAAAAAAAUUAAAACUUGCUUUAUGAGAAGUGUUUUUCUGGCCAAACAUUGAUUGGCUGUGUGCUCUUAUAUAUUUCAAAUGAAAUCUUGCUUUGGGCCGCCCCUGGGAUGACAAUUUAUUUUAAGGUUGUUUCCUGGGAAAAAGGAAAAAAAAAGUACAUUUUAAAAUGAAAUAUUGUCUUGAUGUACCAGAAUUUCCUAGAUCAUUUGACCCACUUAGUAAUUUUUUACCAACCUGUGUUAUGGCAUGUUAAAUAUUUGUGCACAGCUGAAAUUUAAGCUAAUGUCAACCAUUAUUUAUAUUUACAUUUUUCCGUUUCCAAACGUCUUAUCCAUAUAUUACGCAAACUCAAGCCUUCUAAAAAUUCUUCUUGUUCAUUCAUGAACUUGGUCUGAGAACAUUUUCUGGGAAGCGAUAAGGGUGAUUGAUGGACCCUGAGAAACACAUCUUGCCUAGUAUUUUAGAUAUUUUAACUUUGAUAUAAAAAUAAUCUGGCUAAAUAAAUAGAAAAGAAACCAAACCAAACAAAACCGGACUGCAUUAAGUGGGGCAAGUUCCUCCACCGUGAGGCUGGGAAGGUCUAUGAGACGGACCUCAACAAACUGCUGUCACAAGAGCCCUUGCUAAGUGCCGCACCAAAGUUGCCUGCUGAUUUUGAAGAAUUAUUGUAAAUGGUCAAACCAGCAAAACAAUGGAAAACAAGACUAUCUUGGGUUAGAGGACCGUAUUAUUUGAAGCCAUUAUUUUCUUCCUGGGUUUGUAUCAAUGUCCUUUGAAAUCAUCUUUCUCCCCGAAGGAUGAACAAAGCUUUAACGUUGUUCUCCUCCGUUACUGGUGAUGAGCCUUACAAAAAUCUUCCAUCAACCCCUUCCCCUCCCCGACCCCGUUGGUUGAAAUGCCUCCACGGCCCUAAAGGAGUCGCUCUGGGCCCUGAGCUGAGGGGCUGAGGGACAGGAUGUUUCUGUCUGGGUUGGUAUUGGCAGUGAGUGAGCCCCAUCCAUGCUGCCCGGGUGUGUGUGUGUUGGGGGGGGGGGGUUCAUAUUCCGCAUAUUCCCUCCCCUCUCAGAGUCCCCAGUCCUAAACUCCAGUCACCACGCCCUGUGGAUUGCUGCCUUCUUCCCCCUGCACUUGUCUUAAUGCAGCCUCUGUCUUUUCCUCUCUCCUCUGAUGCCUCUGGUUUCAAAUCUCAUCCAUUCUCUAAGAUGCAAAUUUCACGACUCUUUGGCUUAAAAUCCUUCAGAGACCCCACGGCCUACACGGGCCAGAUGACUUCUCAGGGGCCUGCAGGAAGUCACUGCUCACCCCAGGGGCACGUCGCUAUCUCUGACUUUGCUCCUGCUCCUUCUGCCAUGAGCUCCCCCAGUCCCAUCCCACCCUGAUAGAUUGACGGGGCAGACCACUGCUUUAGACCUGGCCUCCGUCUGCUGCUCCCAGCACAGCUGGUGGGCCUGUCCAUACCUCAUGCUUUUCCCACGGCUCCCACGCUGUUCAUCCCACUUCCUUCCUCCUCUGGCUAAAAGGUAAGCCUGCAAGGGCCAGGACCAUGCUUUACUGGUCAUCGUGUGCCCAUUGAGAGCCGAGCGUGUCAUGGACACUAGGUUCUUUUUUCAGUGACAAUUCAGUCAGCGUCAUCAGGCCUGAGAGGUUCAGCUCUGGGUACAGGGUUCUGGCCGACAAAAUGGUUCCAAGUGUAAACCAUUUCUGCUUUCAAAAUAGUUUAACGUGGCCGUCAAACAGCACACUUACAAUCUCCUCUGACUAUUAGUGAUGGGAAGCCAACGGAUAAACUUUCAUCAUCACCCGCUCCUGAAAAAUAGCUCACGUUUCCAUAAACUGAACUUUCUGGAAUGAGAGUUGAGAGAUCCAACAAUGAGAGAAGACACGCUUGAAAUGUGACAUGACUUAACUCCUGCUGUCCUCCGUAGCCCUUCAGAGCCUAAGAGUGUCUUAGGACCAAAUCACUGCUACAACGUUUGUAUACAUGUUACGGGUGCUUAGGCAAGAGUCCGCAGAAAGGUGCACUAAAACUGGAUUUGAUCAAGGAUUGUAUUUUGAGCCUCUUAGGGAGGCCAAUAAAGCAAAUCCUUCUCUGUGUUCCAGGAAAUGACAUUAGAGUUGUGUUUCCAUCCCGCUUACCAGACUACUGCCUUGAUAAUUGUCACUUUUAUUUGGUAUGGCUGCUAGAAGCGGGGAAUGAUAUGGACUCUAGAGUUGGCGGAACCCAGGUUUCCAUCCAGCUUUGCCACUUUCUAGCGGUGUUCUCCUGGGGCAGUCGUACCAGCUCCCUGAGCCCCAUUUUCCGCAUUUACAAGACGGGACAUCACGUGUACGGUUGCAUCAAAGACGGACUGAGAUCGCAGGUGGAGCACAGAGCAGACUGCGUACAUUUCUUCCAGUCCCAUCUCCUGUUUAAAGCAAGUCGUUUAAUACGAAAACGCCUUCUUGGGAUUCUUUACAUGGUAGAAUGGCAUAAUGAUUCUCACAGGGCUUAUAAAUUACGAAUUAGAAUUAUUUAUCCCUGGCCCAUUCUGAAUGUCUUGGGGAGUGUUAUUUGAUUUCAGUUCUUGAAGUGACUGUACCACACGCAGGAAAAAAAAAGAAAAAAAAAUCACCGUUUCCUGCAGGGACAUUAUCAGGGAGUUCUGCGGGGGGAACCAAACAAUUGACAUUAAAAAUCAGGACUCUGCAAUUGUCACUGCUAUUAUCUGCCAAAGACUCUGCAUAAUGCAUUUUCGACCAUCAAGGCUGGCUGCCACAUCCAUGCGAAAUGCUUGAAUUUUAUGGUGCUUAAAUAUUUAAUGAUUCAUUGGAAAAAAAUGUGAAAUGUGUCUGAUAAAUUUUAUCCCUUUCCUCUAACCUAUAGUUGUAACGUUAAAGCCGUUCAACAUGUGGAAUUUGCAAGGUGCCUGGUCUGCUAUUGACAUUUAAAUCUUGUUGUAUUGCAGUUUAUAAUAUAUCUUAUAUAUAAAAUUCUGUGAUGACCUCCAAAAA